GUGCAUGUCACGUGACUGAAAACUAUGAAUUGCUGUUCAAAACGUUGAUUCAAUAUUGGUGUAAGAUCGCCAAACACUACUGGAUCUUCAUUUCUCUGCCAAAGAUCUAGUAAGGUUUGAUCAUGGCGGAUAUAAAACUUUGCCCCCGCUCCUAUCGGGAAUACCUGCUUGCCUUUGCCGCUCUGAGGCUUCACAUCUCCGGCGUAGGCCUAAGCGCUACCGCCGCCGGGGAAAACGCAGCGGUCAGCUGGUGAGGUUGAAAGCCUGUUUAGCGUCUUCUUCCUGGGCUGAGUACCAAGCGGUGCCUCGGCUCCUCAUUCCUCGGCGAUUGCUGGACCCUGUCGACGCCUGGUAGGUACCUGCUGUCGGCCUAGAUGAGGUGUUCCAGCCAUGCGGCCCCUGCUCUCCUCGCCCCCGCUGGCGCGGGGAAAAUCUGCGGAACCUGCGGCCUCUGUGUCGGGUUCCUCAGAAAAUCAGCGCUGCAGAACCGCCUGUUCCUGUCAGAAUUGGCCUGAUAAACGCUAGAUCGCUAGCAAACAAAACUUUGAACCUUGAGGAUUUCUUCUUCUCUGUGUGACUGAGACAUGGCUGAGUGUUGGCUCUGAUGAGCUUGUUUGUAAUGUUCUCUAAAGAUGGCUGGAUGAACAUCAUGUAUGAUGGGCUGGAUGCUGUGGGAGUGGACCAACAGCCUGUUUUGAAUCACAACGAAUGGAUGCUAUUCUACUUUAUCACCUUCAUGAUUAUAAGCUUCUUUCUGCUCGACAUGUUUAUUAGUGUAAUGGUGGAGACCUUCCACCAGUGUCAGCAGAAUCAAAAAAGUAGCGAUGGAGAGUUACUUGAAGAGGGAGGAAAAGUCCAGUGCAACAAUCCUGCAGCUACAGAUUCUCCGCGUAGCAGCAGCAACUCGGACCACUUCAUGUCUGUCGUUAUUAUCAGCAAUGUUGUGAUGAUGGGUCUCCAACAUUACAAUCAACCUCCGUAUAUAGGGAGGAUUACACAGUAUUACUUCUGUUUGGUCACCUUCAUCAUGUUUAUUGAAGUCAUGAAGAACCUUGUGCAGUUGGGCAUAAGGGAGUUCAUAAAAAUGAGUUGGAAUCUGCUGGACGUUGCUGUACUCGUGGUUUCCAUCGUCAGCAUUGUUUUGCACCAGAUAAAUAUGGCAGACAUAGUUCCCAUUAAUCCCAGCAUCCUGGGAGUAUGCAGAAUACUCAGAGUAGUACCAGUCCUGAAGGUCAGAAAGCUACGAAUUCUGCUAAAAACCAUCAUAAAGACUCUUUCACAGGUUGGGAAUAUUUGUGUGAUCUUCAUGUUGUCAUUUGGUAUAUACGCUGCGGUGGGAGUGGAGCUCUAUGGUAAGCUACAAUGCAGUGAUGACCACCCGUGCCUGGGUUUACAUGAUGAAGCCAACUUCAGACAUUUUGGGGUGGCCCUGAUCACACUGUACGGCCUAUGCACCGGAGACAACUGGAACGUGAUUAUGAAAGACACACUAAGAGAAUGUCAUCCUGAUGAGCACGGCUGUAUGAGAUACCUUUCCUGGGUCUCUCCGUUGUACCUCAUCAGUUUCGUGGUUAUGGCUCAGUUUGUGCUGGUGAACCUGGUGGUCGCAUCGAUCAUGCAAGCGCUGGAGGACACCAAAGAGGAGGAAGGCCGGCUGUCUCCAGGGGAGAGCGAAAGACCAAGCUCCAGCCACGUCAACGCAGAAUAAAUUGAAGAAUGUUUUUAUCAAUAGUUAUUUAAUAGUUAUUUUAAGUAGAGAUAUUAUCUGUUUAAAUAAACUGUUUAUAUUUGAUUUAAUGCCACACGUUUGUUUAGAUGGCAAUUGCUUUAAUUAUAGUAUUUUAUUAGUGUUUUUUAAAUUGCAGAAUGUUUUCAUCAAUAGUUUGUUAUUUUAAGUAGAUAUUAUCUGUGUAAAUAAACUGUUUAUAUUUUUCAUUUUUUGCCACACGUUUGUUUAGAUGGCAGUUGCUUUUAUUGCUUUAUUUUCAUGUUUACGUUCAGUAAACUGUGUAUAGAUGUUG